CUCGAAGUGCUCUCGACCAGCACUGGAGCAAUCAAAAAACACUAAGAAAACCAACCCCCCAAGCUGUCAGUCUUAUUCUCUCCCCCCGGUUCCCUUGUUCCGGCCAUCCCCCCUCUGCCUCGGCGUGCUGCCCCGUUUUUACCCGUUUGGGUAUCCCACCACGGUUCCCUUGUUUUCCCCCUCCCCUUUCCCUUCCCACCCCCGUCAAAGUACCUCUAGGCUGAAAGGCACUAGAGUAAGCCUGUCAUGUUCUCUCGAAAUAUGCUGAGCAUAUCUGCUCAUGCCGAGGGAUUCCCCAUGGACCAUGCGUGCAACUAACACGGACACGCAGUCUCGUGACCGGCGCAUCCGGCCCACGGCGUCAUCAUGCCUGCCGUCCAUGGGGAUUUAAUGACCACCGUGAUUCCCACUAGUAAGGAGUUGCCUCCCGACAUUGUGCCGCGCCAGGUCACGCUCAGGGAUCGCGUCACGGUCGCGACAUUGGUUCCCUUCACCUCAGCGGAUGCGGUACCGCGAUCCCUGUUGGCCUACCUGUCCGAUCAAUUGAACAAGGAGAUCGAGGGCGGUGACACCUAUGCCAUGAUUGAUCCCAUUCCACUGGAGCAAUUCGGGUCGUAUUGGUUUUCCAAUUUCGGUGCCAUCAUGCUCCUGGGGGAUAUCAAGAGCGUGCACGAGCUCCAGGCCCUGGGCAGGGGCCGGGCCAACUGGUCCAAGAUCUGCCUGGGCAGCUUCAAUAUCCGACCCAACUAUCCCGGUCGUAGUAGUCAUGUCUGUAACGGCAUGUUCCUGGUCACCGAUGCUGCUCGCAACAAGGGUGUAGGUCGACUGAUGGGGGAGGGAUAUCUCGAGUGGGCUCCCAAGAUGGGGUACACAUAUGCUGUCUUUAACCUGGUCUAUGAGAGUAACGUGGCGUCCUGCCGUCUGUGGGAUGCUCUGGGCUUCAAGCGGAUCGGCAGGGUGCCGGGAGGGGGUAGACUCAUCUCCAACCCGGGACAGUACGUAGAUGCCAUCAUCUACGGUCGAGAUCUAGGCCCCGAAGGGGAAGAUUCCGUCACGCAGGAUCGGUUCGACAAGAUCCGGUAUUAUCUCAAGCACUCCAAAUAUCCUAGAGGAGCGGAUCGGGCCGAGAAGAGUCGGCUUCGGAGCGCAGCCACCCACUACAAGCUGGUCGGAGGUAAAGAGGGGGACGGCGAGAAGUUGAUGCUGAAAGACAAGGAGGUCGUAUCGGACCCGCAGCAGCAGUAUGAUAUUGCCCGGCAGAUGCACAUGCAGCAGCACGCGGGCAUCAACAAGACGACAGCCGCCAUUGCCGUCAAGUACCAUUGGGUGCGGAUCAAGGAGACGGUCAGUCGAGUGAUCCGGGACUGCCCUCAGUGUAAAGAGACCCUCAAGCCCCCCAUCAUCAAUGGUGUCAUGCACGAGGACACGCCCGAGGAUGAAGAGGAUGAAUUGGGGCAGGAGGCCGAUCUCGCCGAGGACGAUGCCGACCUGGGCCCUGGCGACCCCAUGGGGGCGCAUUCGCUGAUGGACCACGCGGCCAUGGAUGCGCACCAUAACCCAAACCCGUUUGUGACCGCCCACUCGGUGGUGCAAGGGCCAGUAGACUCGAUCACCGAUUACACUGGGUUGCCCCUGGAUCCACAAAUCAUGGAACUGCAUCAACAGCUUCCCCGGUUUCAUCCACAUGACGCGAUGACUGAUGCAUAUGCCCAUGCUGCGCACAGCUUGCACGCGGCCAACUUUGAUAAUGACGUCCGACAUCAUCCAGCUCACGAUUACCAUAUGAUGGUUGACGAUCCCACCGACCCCGAUCCGUCCGCGGCCCUGCAUCAAGAAGCGCUGGGGCUGGUGCAUUCCCAAGCACACGAUGUCCACCACGAUCAGAUCCUGGCGAAGUAUCAGUACGUGACACAACCAGACGAUGAUCUGGAUUUUGCCUGAUUUUUCUUUUUGUUCGUCAUCUUGCAUGGUUAAACUUUCUGUUCAAGCUCCUAGCGGGGGCCUUUCUCUGCUGGGGUCUUCUCGGUUAUGGUUACCUAUGCUUGGGUUGCAUUUGCUGCGGGCGUUGCGGUUGGGGAGGUUUUGCAUGGUUAUCACACGAGCCAGAUUCAUAUCGCGGGCGAUGAAGCGCACUAGAUAGACCGGUUGAUUUAUGACAACGAAGACGCUGCGC